AUGGCUUCCCCCGUGGCGCUCAUACAAGGAGCCAGCAGAGGACUGGGGCUUCAAUUCUGCAAACACAUCCUGAAAAACAAAACCCCCGCCGCCGUUAUAGCGACAUGUCGGAACCCGGACGGAGCGGCCGAGCUGCGGGACCUGGCCGGACAACACCCGGGCAGAAUAACCGUCCUCAAACUGGACGUGAACCGGGAGGAGGACAUCCGCGGAGCUGCGGACCGGGUUAAGGAGAGCUUCGGCCGGCUGGAUCUGAUCGUCAACUCCUCGGCGAUGCUUCAUCCGUCCGGAAAAGGAGAGACCAGCCUGAGGGAUGUUUCUGCUCAGGGCAUCAUUUCCACCUUGACGACCAACACAGUGGGUCCCCUGGUCAUGGCCAAGUAUUUUGCUCCGCUCCUUCAGAAAGGUGAGGGUAGUUUUGGUCAACAGCCUGCAGAGAAAUCCAAACAGCACAGCGGCAUCAUCGUCAACAUCACCGCCAAAGUGGGGUCCAUUGGUGACAACGGUCUCGGUGGUUGGUACAGCUACAGAAUGUCUAAAGCAGCUCUCAACAUGGCGACCAGGAAUCUGUCCAUAGAGCUGGGCCGCAGUCGACCCAAGGUGGUGUGUGUGUCCUUACAUCCAGGGACGGUCAACACAGACCUCUCCCGACCGUAUCACAAGAACGUGCCAAAAGACAAACUGUUCAGCGCCGAACACUCUGUGAACUGUCUGAUGAGCAUCAUAGAAACUCUGAACAUCGAAAAGACAGGCAAGGCGUACAGCUGGGACGGGAUCGAACUUCCUUGGUAGAAACACAAAACGGAUGAGAUGAAGUAACUCGCCGGUAUUCUCUAUGCUAAAUCUCUCUUGACCGUACAAUGAGCUGAACUUUACACUGAAAAGAAAAUUCUUAGUGUAAACAGUCAAAGACAAACCUCUUUAUCUACCUCACAACCAGCCGACAAAGUGCCGACAUACCGUCACAUAAAGGUCUUAUGUGGCCUUAAGAUUUAAUGUAACUGUAACUACAUCUAAUGAUCUAACAUUACACUGCAGGUCUCUCUCUGCCUCCAGUCUGUGUGGCAAACUAUGCUAAUCAUCAGGCAGGAACUAUAAGCAUUUUUUAAAGUGAAUUAUUACUUUAGAUGUGACAUCUAAAUGCAGUUUCACUGACUCUCAUGCCUUAUUUGCUGAAUAAAAUAUGGUUUUGUCAUGAUAUUAGACAGCUGAAUUAUGUGUCACGGUUUCAAAUCAUCACACUAUGCUCUCACUAAACCAUACUAAACAAUAACAUUAAAUGUUUGUCCAAGAUUAAAAGUGGGGAUGCACAAUAUGGGAUUUUUUGCUGAUAUGCCGAUAAAAAGACAACAAAUUUAGCUGAUAAUUGAUACUGAUAUUGAUACAUCCACUUUUAUCUCCACAUUAUUUUAGUGAUCAUCAAGUCUCUUCAUUAGUGAAAUUAACAUGAUACUAUGCAUACUCUUAAUGUGACGGUCCAGCAGCAGAUGGAGACAUAAAAUACAAUGCAUUUCAGUGUAUGUAAUAUUCAUUCAUUGUGCAAAAUAAG